GUGGAGGAAGAGAGAGAGGAUAGAAAAAGAGCUGUGUUUGGAAAGUCAGGGAAAGUUGACACCGUGUAAGACGCACUGGUACCGCAACGAGGAUUAAUGAAAGACCUUCUACUUUCUGUGAGGAGGAGAGAGAGCGAGCCGAGCGGCAUGCAAAAGAAGAUGCCUUGCAGGGGGAAGGGAAGUCUUUGACACAGCAUGCAUAUGCUGCCAGGCUGCACAGGUGUAAUAGGUGCGUCUGCAUGUAUACACAGCCUCAUCAGCAAAGCUCGACGGAGGGAUGCCGACAAGUUUGACUCACGCACUGUAACUCAACCUUCACAUCCCCUUUCUCUCUCACAAACACACUCCGUUCGUAUCUAGACAUAGGAUAUACACACACACCUUCUGCACGUACCCACGCUAAAACCAAGCAAAUCGGCAGAUCCGUGUGUAACAGCAUUCAGUCCUGUGGAUGGUUAAAACUGGAUUCCCCCUUUUCUUCUCGGAGGACUCAUCCCGAGAACAGGACAGGACGAAGCAGGACGGAUCUCAGUUUCCAACUUAAAGACCUCUUCAUCCUCAUCUGAGAACCGAAUAGAGAGCUACCCGUCCGUCCUGAGUGAAACCCUCUAAAGGUGGACAGGGUACAUUAGAAAUACAUGUUCCAAAGGAGCGCUGCUGUGGCAAGCAGCGAACCCACAACCAUAAAUCAACACUGUUGGACUUUGAUUUUUUCAUUAUUACUUCGCAGAGACACAGACAUGUUGGCAGGCCUGCUGACCUGCGAAUGUGCAACAUAGGAUUCUAUUUCUGGAGCCUCAUUGCUUUUACAGAUUAACUGCCCUCAAAUAUGGCCCCAAUCCAUUCAUUCCACCACUAGUUUGACUGCUGCCGAAGGUUCUGCAUAUUCAAGCUUCAAAAGAACCCACUGUGCGUCAGUCGAGUCAUUUGAAGACCCACUGGCCCGUUUUUCAAAAGCAGUGUCAGUUUUUUCAGACUCCUGCAGAGGAACAAACACAUGGCUGUAUGACAGGACAUCUUUAAAGUCGUUUUUGUUAUUUUCCUCACAAUCGUUUCCCAAAUCACAAGUCAUUGCCCAUUUCAAAUCUAGAAAAACUGAAGGGAAAGAUUGACGUCCAAAGCUUUGACGCUAAUACCAUGACACUUCCAUUAAGACUUUUAUUGCAAGAGACAUUUUCCAUGAGUUCCUGAGGGCAAAUCACACUGAAAUCCCAUUGCCCAGUGUUUUCAUUAGCCUGUCUUCGGCGAAUCAAGGUCUUCCAUCAUCAGAAGUGACAUUUCCAUAUUGAAUGAGAGCGAAAGUAGCUUCCAUUAGCAUAUUCAUGAACAGUGACACUCUCAAUCAUGUGAAAAGGAAGACAUGGUGCAAACCCUGAGCCAUCAAGCCCUGGAACAAAUAGUUUAUGACAUGUGAGGAAAGAAGGAUCUGGAAUCCCCCUUAACAACCUUAGCACAUCCCUUAGCACAAAGGAGAAAGCGACCACUGGCACAUUAAGGAUAUUUCAGCCAUAAACCUGAAAUGUGUUGUUGGCCUAUGGACCAAGGCCUAUAAUAAGAGAAAAAUUAAAGAAUAGGAUUAAAGAUGGAUUAUCACUGAAACCCACUGGACACUCUUUAGGGAGACACUUAAGACCAAGUUGUAGAUUACAUUUGGUUGUUGAUGUGGUGGCCUCUUGUGUGGUGAGAGAGGGAUGGAGAAUCUAGAUGAGCUGGAGCACCCUCUUCUGGAAGAAAACCCCAAUAACAGCCGGGCAUCAGGGCCGGGGCUGGGGCCGGGGACUGGACAGGCCUCCAGCGGGCUGUUCAAGAGCAUCUUGGUUAAGUGUGAGGAGGACAGGGCCUACCCUCCUUUAGCGUGGAGGAGCUAUUGUGGACAUCCACCUGAGCUUCAGCAGCAACAGCUACUAGACCCUUGCUCCUUACCUCGCACACUGGAGUCCUUUUACCCACCAGCCCCCAUCUGGGGCCAUGCAGACUCCCUGCUCAGCAAAGACUACCUAGAGACCACCUUUGUGGACAUUCGGCCCGGCUCCACACUGGAAAGGAAGCUGCUGGCCGAGACGCAGGACUACCACAGUGUGUCCUACAGCAUGGAUGAUGAGGAUGACCUGCUUCCUGACUCUGACGACUCAUCCAUUGAUGACUUCAGUGAUACAGACAGCGAGAGCAACUUCCCUCUGAUGAUCCCUCAGGACUACCUGGGUCUGGCCUUUUUCUCCAUGCUCUGCUGCUUCUGGCCCCUGGGCAUUGCUGCCUUCUACCUUUCACAGAAGACCAACAAGGCAUCGGCUCAGGGGGAUUUUCAGGGGGCCAAUGCAGCGUCUCGCCAGGCCCUGUGGCUCUCGGUGCUCUCCAUUGUGUUUGGAAUCAUAACGUACAUCUGUGCCAUCGCUGCGUUGAUUUCCUACCUGUCUGGCAAACCACCAUAAAAGCAACUUUUGCACAAGGAUACACACACAAAAAACAUACCUCUCGCACAUUUCAUGAAUAUCAACAUGUCGCCUGUAAAUGUAAAAUAAUCACAGUCUUUGUCUGUCGACCCUAUUUGCAGUUAUGUUUUAAAAGCAGAGAACAGACAGUGAAAACCACAGGAGAGCUGGUGUGUAUUUUAUAAUCACUUCUAAUUGGAUUGGGACAUAAUUUAACUCAGAGGGCAUUCCUCGCACGUGAAGAAAAAUAAUUGAAAAAGAAGUUAUACAAUAUCACUCCAUGUAGAAUAUUCAGUCUGUCAGGACUGAACUUAUCUGUUAUCCUUUAAAUCUGUGCUGUAGUCGUCCUCACGUGUUAAGCAUUGCUGAAGUAAAACAAAAAACUGUGACAACAAAUGCAGAUGUUAUCACUGUAGAUAUCACUGUCACAAUAACAAUGGAAGAAUAAUGAGAAGCAGAAAGUGAAGAGAGGGGAUAUGUGGCCUUGUCUGCCUGGGAGGAGCCAAGCGGAGGGCAGUAUACGGCGGUGGAGUCUGCAGAUUUAUGAGAAGGUCACAGCAAGGACGUGGCACUGGCUAAAUCCUGAUGGACCUUGCUGUGGGAGGGCCUGAGCCAGCACUGUCGCUUGUGGGGGGAAAAGCUGGUGAUGGUUUCAGAGCCCAAGAGCUUUUUAUAUAUAUAUAUAUAUAUAUAUAUAUAUAUAUGAGGGACCAGAAGCAAUAACCCAGAAUUUCUUGCUGCUCCUCCAGCCAGAGCGAGGGACCCACGUGGAAACACUGCACAUGUACAUUGAUCAACCCAUCCUGAUAUAAUUUAGCAUCACUCACUGUUUAGCUCCAGAAAAGGACUGAUUUUGCUUUGUCUAUGCCAAGUUGAAUAAGUAUAUUUAUGUUGAAAUACACAACAUAUGAAAAAUACAAAUAGUGCCAUUCUUUAAGAAAAUAAAAAUAAAUGGAGUUCAGGAGUUUUCAAAUGAAAUGCAAGGUGAUGUUAAACACAGGCUCUGGAUAUAGAGGUAAAGGAGCUGCUUCUACAUACAGUGCUAGGAAAUGAUGACAUACACACGGGGGUGCAGAGCUGCAAUGAAAAGUGCCAAAAAUACAGAAGAAACUCUUAAGGAUGCUCCUUUUAUGAGCUAUUCCAUUAAUAGAAGCAACCAGUCUGCAACUCCACGCUCCCCAAAUAUAGAUUCUGCUAUUUUCUCCUCCAAAAUGAGGACUGAAAUCCUUCAGGAACUUGCUUCUUGCAGUAUGACAACUUAAAAAAUGAAGUUGUCUACUUAAGCAAACACAGCAGCAUUUUGUUCAAGUGAGCAAAGGGGUAAAAAUAAAUGUUGCAAAAAGUAGUCUAUCAAGACAACUAGUGCUCAGCCGUGUGAUGCAUGAGUCAGUAAAAAACAAAUCUCUUUUUCGGUCACAACAGAAAACUGCAUGGCGAGUUUGUAGUUUGUCAAGUACAAACCUGCUCCAAGCUUCAAUCACUUCCUUCAUUUGGUCCUGAUUUAUUGCAAAAAAAACUCUGGCUGUAUUGGUUUGAGCUUAAAUGUCAUUAACAAAACAUAGAGUGAACAAAGGGACCUCCAAGAAAAUACAAUACAAUGACUACAAGGUAAAAGUUGAUAUUUUAUAUUUAGAUGUAUAGUUUUUAUAGUCCACAACUGAACUACAAGCAACUCAAAUCUGAUGUUUUCUCCAAACCCAGUGUUGUAACAAACCUAGGUGACUAUUAGUGUGUAUGUAGAUACACGUGAUAUCAGUGUCUAAACCUUAUCAGCUAUCAUGUUGAUGUGCUGCGAUACAGCUGCACUAACUGAGGUCACACAGUGUCGUACAGUUCUGACAAUCCUGAACCAUCCUCUGUCUCCACUGGACAUUUGUGUCAAUUCAAAAAAUGUCCCGUUUUUACAGCUGCGUUACCACAAUUAGUGAUUUGUACGGAAUCAUUAAAUGUGGAUUGCCUUGAUUGAUCACACUGUCAUGAGACUGGCUCUGGUCAGAUGUGUCUCACUUUGUAUCACUACAGAAAACACACUGGACAACUCGUGUCAAUAAAGGUCAAUGGUUGUGGCAAGUCAAAUUUAUUAAUACAAGAGAUAUUCAGUUAUUUCCCUGUUCACAUCCUUGUAUUACAUGUAAAUAUUAAGCUGAAAAAUCAAUGAACCCCAAUAAAUGCACUUGUUUGA